AUGCUUCCAGUCCAACUUAUCAUGCCCUUUAAGCAGGCAAAGAGCUUGAUAUAUACACGUCCCCAUUUAAGUUGUACUGGACAUAACACUCACCUAGGCAUGGCUAUGAACUUUAUCUCCAUUCAACUUCUCUUUCUCAUUCUCUUUUCCGGCUUUUUGUCCCUUGAGACCUUUAAACUUAGCUCCUGCAAUGGCGAUCUCAAAGUGGGUUGCAAAGAGGCCGAGAAGAAAGCGCUCCUCAAGUUCAAAGAAAGUCUAACAGAUCCCUCAGGGCGACUCGCUUCUUGGGUUGGACCCUAUUGUUGUAGAUGGAGCGGAGUAAACUGCAGCAACAAAAGUGGACACGUCAUCAAGCUUAAACUCCGCAACUCAUUUCCUGAUAGCUAUGAGACCAAUAAAACAGUACACGCGCUAGGCGGUGAGAUCAAUCCUUCUUUACUUAGUUUGAAAUAUUUGAACCACUUAGACCUCAGCAUGAACAAUUUUGGAGGAAUCCGAAUUCCAGAGUUCCUUGGAUCCCUCACAAAACUGAGAUAUCUCAACCUUUCAAGUGCAUCCUUUGGUGGCGAAAUCCCUCCAAAUCUUGGAAAUCUUUCGAGUUUGCGCUAUCUUGAUCUCAACUUUCCUUUUGAUGGAUUGAAGGUGAAUAACCUGCACUGGCUGUCAAGUCUGUCUUCAUUGAAGAACCUUAAUUUGGCAGGCGUAGACCUUAGUAAGGCUGCAUCUCACUGGCUUCAAACCGUAAAUAUGCUUCCUUCUCUUUUGGAAUUGCAUUUGCCCCAGUGCAGGCUUACCAACUUUCCACUCUCGCUUAGAUUUGUUAAUUUCACAUCCCUUUUGGCCCUUGACCUCUCCCACAACGGUUUCAACUCCACAAUACCUCACUGGUUGUUCAACCUUAGCAGUGUUGCAUAUCUUGAUAUGAGCUCCAACAAUCUCCAUGGUGGUCUUCCGGAUGCCUUUGCAGGGUUGACUUUCCUUCAAAACCUUGAUCUGUCUGAGAACUAUGGCAUUGAAGGCCAGUUGAAAAGAAGUUUGGGGGAUCUCUGCAAUCUGCAGACUUUGAAGCUUUCCUAUAACAACAUCAACGGGGAAAUAAUGGAAUUUGUCAAUGGCUUGUCUGAAUGCACAAACAGCAAGUUAGACACACUGGAUUUGGGAUACAACAAAUUGACUGGCAAUCUCCCCAAUUCAGUGGACCACCUUAAGAGCUUGCAAAAUCUUCGACUCCGACACAACUUGUUCAGAGGUUCGAUUCCGGAAACGAUAGGGAAUUUAUCGUCUUUGAAGGAACUGUACGUCUCGGACAAUCAAAUGGGUGGAAACAUCCCUAAAAGCCUGGGGCAGCUCUCUUUGUUAGUUGCAUUGGACAUCUCCGAGAAUUCAUGGGAAGGUGUCAUGAAAGAAGCUCAUCUGGUAAAUCUCUCGAGCUUAAAUGACAUAUCAAUCAGUAAAACAUCUCAAAAUAUUUCCUUGGUUUUUGAAAUCAGUUCUGAUUGGAUUCCUCCUUUUAAACUCAAAUAUAUCAACAUUCAAUCAUGCAAAUUGGGCCCCAGAUUUCCUUCAUGGCUUAGGAAUCAAAAUGAGCUAACCACUGUGGUCCUCAACAAUGCAAGAAUUUCAGACACCAUACCAGAUUGGUUUCUGAAGCUGGGUUUGCACCUCGAUGAACUAGACCUUGGAUACAAUCAACUAAGGGGCAUGGCGCCGAGCUCAUUGCAAUUCAGCUACUCAUCCAGCAUUGAUCUAAGCUUGAACAGGUUUGAGGGCCCUCUCCCUCUCUGGUCAUCUAAUGUGAGUACAAUAUAUUUGAUGGAUAACUUGUUUUCUGGACCAAUUCCUACGAACAUUGGUCAAUUAAUGCCCCAUUUGACGGAUAUAGAUAUCUCUAGGAACUCCAUAAAUGGAAGCAUUCCCUUGUCCAUUGGUGAUUUGACUGAUUUGACAACCCUAGUCAUCUCGAGUAACCAUCUUUCUGGAGAAAUUCCUCACUUUUGGAACAAUAUGCCAAACUUGUACAUUCUUGACAUGUCCAACAACACUCUCUCUGGUACGAUACCGAGCUCAAUUGCUUCUCUAAGCUUCCUCAAAUACUUGAUACUCUCUAGAAACAAUCUUUCAGGAGAGCUCCCUUCUGCCUUGCAAAACUGCACUUAUAUGUACAGCCUUGAUCUUGGUGACAAUCAGCUAUCUGGAAGCCUUCCAGCUUGGAUAGGAGAAAGCAUGACAUCGUUACUGAUUCUCAGUAUGAGGAACAAUUCCUUUACUGGAAAUAUUCCUUCACACAUAUGUCGCCUAUCUGCCCUUCACAUAUUGGACCUGUCACAAAAUAAUCUGUCAGGAUUAGUUCCACCCUGUAUAGGGAACCUGAGUGGCUUGAAACUUGAGCUUACAUCUGAAACUGUAAGGUACCAGGGGCACUUACAGGUGGCUGCGAAAGGAAGAAUACUUCAAUAUGAUUCUAUGCUUUACCUCGUCAAUAGUCUAGACCUUUCGAGUAAUAAUUUAUCUGGAGAAUUGCCUAGAGAAAUAACAAGCCUUGCUAAAUUGGGCACCUUGAACUUAUCCAUGAAUCAAAUGACAGGAAAUAUACCUUUGGAUAUUGGAAGGUUGGAAUGGUUAGAAACUCUUGACCUUUCAAGGAAUCAACUUUCAGGCCCUAUUCCCCCAAGCAUGGCUUCUUUGACGUUUUUGAGUCACUUGAACCUGUCAUAUAACAACUUGUCAGGUAAAAUCCCAACAGGCAACCAGUUCCAAACCCUCAAUGAUCCAUCAAUUUAUGAGGGUAAUCUUGGACUUUGUGGGCUUCCCCUACUAACAAAGUGUUUUAGCAAGCCAACUCAAUAUCCUGGGGGGAAUGAAGGAGAAACAGAUGAUGCACUUGAAAAGCUGUGGUUCUCCAUUUGCAUAGGACUGGGAUUCUUUGUGGGAUUUUGGGGAAUUUGUGGCAGUUUGAUAGUCAAGAAACAAUGGAGACAUGCCUAUUUCCAUUCUCUUGAGGGAUUGAAAGACAGGCUCGUUGUACUUGUCUCCCAAAAGUUAGCCUUGGGACCUUGAAAAUGAGCUCAUAGGUAGAGGGGUGAAAAAACAAACAUAUUUCACAAGGGAUGUGCCUCACAUGCAGAUUUUAUAUCGUCUCAGAAUCAAUAAAUCAGUAUGGCAUACGGUGUAUAGAAUUAUUUCUAGAAAUCUUGAUUAAUGUAUGAGACUUUCUUAUAUGUUACUAUAAGGCUUCAUGUUGCUCGCAAGACAAAGUGGUCACAUUUUCAGAUAUAGUACUUUCGGGAAGACCAGCUUAUAACAAAAGACAAGGAAUUCACCUCCCCCGAUGUUUGUCCAAAUAAUAACU